CCAUCCUAAACCACGCAUCCGUGUCCACCACAAGUUUCAUGGGAUCGGGCCUCUCUAGCAACCACCACCGGAGAAGCAGCGCGUCGCUUCACCAGCCGCCGCCGGCGGCGGCGGCGCCGGCCCUGGUCGUCGCGGCCGACGGCUCGCUGCGGGAGUUCGCGCCGGCGUCCUCCCCCGUCUCCGCAUCCGACGUCCUCAACGGCGCCGGCAGCAGCAAUGCCUUCGUGUGCAGCUCCGACGCGCUCUACUUCGACGCGGACGUGCCGGCGCUCGGCGCCGACGAGCUGCUCCGCCCGGGGCAGAUAUACUUCGUCCUCCCCGCGGAGAUGCUCGGCCGCCCGCUCUCCAGCGCCGACAUGGCCGCGCUCGCCGUGCGCGCCAGCGACGCGCUGGCGGCGAGGCCGCGGGCGGCGCGUGCUGCUUCCCACAACGGGCGCGCGCGCCGCGGCGGGCUCAUCACCAAGGCGCGCGUCGUGCCGGCGGCGCACCACGCGCCGGACGGCGACGAGGAGAUCAACGAGAAGCUGAACCAGCGGACCCUGGGGGGAUUCGAGACGGCCUCGCGGAGCCCGGCGAGAGCCGCCAAAGGAUCCGUGCCGGCGGCGCGGCCGCCGAUGAGGAGGGCACUCAGCACCAUCAUGGAGGACGCCGAUUGAUAAGAAAAACGGCUUGAAUUGAAAGCGCGUGUAGUGACUUUCGACCAUUCACGGCAAGCAUAAGCCUGAUUAUUGAUAGGUUUAGUUUUUCUUUCGAUUGAUCUCCCUUUUUUUUUUGCAUAGAUAGGAUGUUCAAGAUACUCCACAAAGAAGAUAUAUAUGAAGAGUUUGACAGGAAACAUUGUUGUUUGGUUGACCGGUGUUUGUGCAUACUCGAUUAUAGAGUGGAAUGAAAUUUUGUCUGUUGACUUCGUUCUUUGUUA